UCCACCCCUCCCCUCUCAUUCCUGACGCUACUGCGCAUGCGCAUUCCCACGCGGGCCGUGGUCCCGCUAAGCCGCGUUUAGGUCCCCUCCGACGGAACUGACGCGGACAACUUCCACCGCGGGGCCCUCGCCGCCGCCGCCGCCGCCACACGCCUCGCUCGGCGCGGUCGUCGGGAGGACUUUCGUCAACUUUUUUACCUCACGGGGGUUCUGAGCGCACGGCGGGGGGGAGUCGCAUCAUCAACUCCUCUCCCACACGCGUGGAGAUCUUUUUUUCCUUUUUUUUUACUCAGCCGCAAAAUGUUCCGUCGAUGCCGGACACGGCAAGCGGGUUGACAUUCUCCCGUCACAAAGCCGCACGCAAAACAGCGGGGGGCGAAUUCGGCGCAGGCUGGACGGAGAGCCCCGGCACGCCGCUCCGGGUCCUUGCAGUUUUCCAAAAAAAAAAAAAAAUUCCCGUGCCUUCGAGUUACAGUUUCAGCGAUCAAACGAUUUGUCGUCAAACCGCCCGGACGCUCAGGCCUCGCCACCGCCGCGCACCGCCUUCAGCUUUUUUAAAAGGAUCCGGCACCACCACCCGCCACCACCGCCGUGCGUCGGCCCCAGUCAUGACGUCGAUUUCAAGGCCGCGCUGCGGGGAAUGAAGGUGACUCUUUUUGAAAAAAAAAAAAAAACACAGAAAAACUUGGUGAGACAUUCCGUGGCUGCGCCGCCCUCUGCCCCCCGGAGACGUCGUCUGCAGAACUCUGCCUCCCUCGCGCUCGGGAAUACGUCGCGUUGAAAAUCGACUGCUUUUGGGAAAACAGAAACAAAAAAGGCACCUGUCGGACGACGACGACGACGAUGAGAACAGCCGUAGCAAUAAAAUAACGUCGGCAUCAAGCACCAAGGACGCCCACCACCACCACCACCCCCCCGCAUCGCCGGUUCGACCGAUGCGAGCGACUCUUCGGUACGUCCCAGCGCCGCUUCCACGCAAACUCCGGUCGUCGUCGCCCUCGCAGCGGCGGCAGCGGCGGCAGCGGCGGCUUCGGCGGCUUCGGCGGCCUCUGGCUCGGCCAUCGGACGAGGACGGCGGUGCCCGCGUCGUCGCGCGGUGCUCUGGGAUGCCCUUCCGUGGCCGUCUGGAACGCCCUUCCUUCCGAUAUUAGGAAGCGUCUGGAGCUACGCAAUUUUGGAUGCUGACAGGAAAAAAAAAACACUCUGCUCUUUUAGAACAGGGCUCCGUGCGUCGGCGAGAGAAGUCCACCGUUGCGCGCACCGCCGCUCUUGUUCGGACGCCACGGGGUUUUUGGAUAUCCGCCUGUCGCGGUACGAGAUGAGAGGAAAAUAGUUGUCCACCCGACAGAUUUUCACGUUUUUUUGGCGAGGGACCCUCCCAUCGCGGGUUCUCGAAAAACCAAGAAAACAAAACCGCCCUCUAGUUUCUAAACAGCAACAGUGGCAACGGCAGCAGCAGCUGCACGAAAUAAAAAUCGCCAAGAGUCUGAAAUCGGAACGCGCGAGCGUGGACAUCCCUCCCCCCCCCCCCCCCCCGCUGGCUCGACGAUGCUUCAGGACAUCAAAGAGAGUCUCCGCCAGCGAGGAAAGGGCCAGGCUGAUGGCCAGCCCAGGCCGUGGAGCGACUGCCCCUCCCAGAAUGCAUUGCUGCAGCAGCAGCUACAACAGCAGCAGCUACAACAGCAACAGCUGCAACAGCAGCAGCAGCAACAGCAGCAGCAGCAGCAGCAAGGCAGGGCGGCGGUGAAAUUUGGACCGCACCAGAAGGCUCUGCUGGAGAUCAGAAACUCGCUGCAGCCGUUCGCUUACGAAGGAGGGGAUCAGCUCCAGGGGAACGAGGAUGGAGGGAUUGGCUCGUCCAAGAUCCAUAAUGGCCGUGUCAGCAUGGAGAUGGCAACCGAUGCGGUUGCUAAACUGGGCAUCUGCGGUGCGGGCGUCCACCGCAGGCACAGCCUCAAGGACCCCACGAUGAUGCCCUUUGACCCCACCGAGGGCGGUCACCUGGGGUCUCCGCGUAACGCCACGCCUCCGCCAGGGAGCGCGCAGCAGCAGCAGCAGCAGCAGCAGAGAUUCACGGCCAAUGCGGACUACAUUUCCGCGCGGAUGGGGACGUCGCCCGGAUCUCAGUGCGCCAAGCCUCCGGGUUACUCGGUCGUGGCCCCGGCAAGGCCCAACGGAACUCCUUUUGGGCUGAGACCGACGCAGCAAGAAGCUUCUAUGCAGCAGCAGCAGCAGCAGCAACAGUACCAGCAGCAGCAGCAGCACUAUGCAACAGGCGGUCCUCUGAGGCUGCCGCCCAGUGCCUUGACUUCCCAGCAUCAGCAGCAGCAGCAGCAGCAACAACAGCAGCAACAACAACAGCAGCAACAACAGCAGCAGCAGCAGUCGUACUACGCGACAGCAUCGUCGGCAGGAGUGCCUCUCCGAUUGCCUCCCGGCGCUUUGGCCCCGUCGCAGCAGCAACAGCAGCAGCAGCAGCAGGGGUACUACCCGUCUGUCCGUAUGACUGCAACCUCCGCCCACAAUUCCCAGCAGCAACAGCAACAGCAGCAGCAGCAGCAGCCGCCCCCUCCUUACCCGUACUCGCAGGCACCGCCGGCGUUUGGCGCCGGCGGGGGAAGCCGCAACAGCCAGAACAUGGAGCUCUACCAGAUGGGAGCCGGGGCGGCCGGGAACAGGGGCAGCCAGAACAUGGACGUGUACCCGCAGGUCGUUUCCAACCGGAGCAGCCAGAACUUGGACCUGUUCCCGCAGGGGAUGUCCAACAGGAACAGCCAGAACCUGGACCUGUUCCCGACGGGCGUGUCCGGCUGGAACGGUCAGAGCGUGGACUUGUUCCAGCAGGUCGUCCCCAACCGGAACAGCCAGAACCUGGACAUGUUCCCGCUCGGGGCGUCCAACCGGAACAGCCAGAACCUGGACAUGUUCCCGCUCGGGGCGUCCAACCGGAACAGCCAGAACCUGGACGUGUACCAGCAGGUCGUGCCCAACCGGAACAGCCAGAACCCAGACGCGUUCGCGCAGGGGAUGUCCAACAGGAACAGCCAGAACCUGGACGUGUUCCAGCAGGUCGCGCCCAACCGGAACAGCCAGAACCCGGACCUGUUCCCGCACGGAGCGUCGAACAGGAGCAGUCAGAAUCUCGACAUGUACCCGCCGCAGGCGAUGUCCAACCGGAACUCCCAGAACCUCGACGUCUUCCCGCAAGCGAUAUCCAACCGCAGCUCCCAGAACGUGGACGUGUUCCCUCCGGCAAUGCCCAACCGGAAUUCCCAAAACCUGGACGCGUACCAGCACGGCUCGUCGGGCCGGAACAGUCAGAACCUGGAGGGGUUUUCGCUGGGAGCCGCCGCCCCUGCCCCCGCCGCGGCCCCCCCUCUUCCUCCCAGCUACAGCGUGUGCCUGCGGCAGGCGCCGGGGCAGGCGGAAUCGUUUGCGAGCGGCCGUUCCACUCCUCGCCCCGUGAGCUCCGAGCUGCAGCAGCUGCAGCAGCAGCAGCAGCAGCUUCAACAGCAGCAGCAGCUUCAACAGCAGCAGCAGCAGCUUCAGCAGCAGCAGCAGCAGGGCACUGCUGCGACUCUGACAGCCCUCCCGGCCGCGGCGAUUCUGAACCCCGUGAAGAGCACGCGCGUGACGAAGCCGGAGCUGCAGACGGCUUUGGCGCCGACGCAUCCGCCUUGGGCAAGCCAGGCCUUGCAGCAGCAGCAGCAGCAACAGCAGCAACAGCAGCAGCAGAGCCAGAUGGCAGCGCUACCUCAGCACGCGAUGUCGAUGAUGUCGCAUCUGCCUCCUCAGUCUGUGCAGCAAAUCUGGCAGCAGCAGCAGCAGCCUCUGAUUCAUCACCCGCAGCAACAGCAGCAGCAGCAGCACAAUGUGCUGAAGCAGGCAGAUCAGCUGAUGUAUCAGCAACAACAACAGCAGCAACAACAACAACAGCAGCAGCAGCAACAACAACAGCAGCAACAGCAACAACAACAGCAGCAGCAGCAACAGCAGCAACAACAGCAGCAGCAACAGCAGCAGCAGCAGAUGGCGGUGGCUUCGGAGUACGGCGAGAGGAUGGACUACGCCAGGCCACCGCCACCGCCCUACCCAGGCCACCUGCUGCAAGCGCACACGGCUGUUAAAGAGACGGUGAAGGAGGUCGCUGCACAGGACCCCGAGAAGAAUGGAGGCAGCUUGGUGUCGGGUGACAACAAGCAGAUCCGCACCUCUCCCGUUCCCGAGCGGCGCGGGGCGCGGAGGAGGAAGGCUGACGACGAGGACGACGAGGACGACGAGGAGGAGGUGGAGGUGGAAGAUGAGGAGGAGGAGGUGGAGGUGGAGCGCCGGGGGGCGGAGGGCGCGGGAGCGGAGGGCGGUGGAGGCGGUGGAGGCGGUGGUGGCCGCGUGCGGGCGUUUGCUCCGCGCGCGUUCCGCUUCUACAUGGAGCAGCACGUGGAGAACGUCCUGAAGCAGCACCAGCAGCGCGUGCUGAGACGCAUGCAGCUCGAGAGGGAGAUGGCCAAGAUCCAGCUGUCUGAGGAGGCGCGCGUGCAGAUGCGCCUGAUGCUGCGCCAGAAGGAGUCCAACUACCUGCGGCUCCGUCGCGCCAAGAUGGACACCUCGCAGUUCACGCGCAUCACAACGCUGGGCGUGGGGGCCUUCGGCGAGGUGUCGCUGGCUCGCAAGGUGGACACCGGCGCCCUCUACGCCGUCAAGACGCUUCGCAAGCACGACGUGCUGCUGCGCAACCAGGCGGCGCUCGUCAAGGCCGAGCGCGACAUCCUGGCCGAGGCCGACAACGAGUGGGUGGUGCGCCUCUAUUACUCGUUCCAGGACAAGGAGGCCCUCUACCUGGUCAUGGACUACAUCCCCGGCGGCGACAUGAUGAGUCUCCUCGUGCGCCUGGGCGUCUUCCCCGAGCCGCUGGCGCGCUUCUACGUGGCCGAGCUGGUGCUGGCCGUGGAGAGCGUCCACCGCAUGGGGUUCAUCCACCGCGACGUGAAGCCGGACAACGUCCUCAUCGACCGCGACGGGCACAUCAAGCUCACCGAUUUCGGCCUGUGCACCGGCUUCCGCUGGACCCACGACUCCAAGUACUACCAGCAGCACAACGGUGAGCACCUUCGGCAGGACAGCAUGGAGCUGUGGGGGGCCGGGUGCGGCGACGCGGGCGGCGCCGCGGGGGGCCUCGCGGCGCCCCCCACCGAUGCCGCCGGCGGCCCCCUCCCGGCGAGCCCCCCGGCGUGCCGCUGUGCCGAGCGCCUCAAGCCGCUGGAGCGGCGGGCGGCUCGCCGGCGCUGCCUGGCACACUCCCUGGUGGGCACCCCCAACUACAUCGCUCCUGAGGUGCUGCUGCGCACUGGCUACACUCAGCUAUGUGACUGGUGGAGUGUGGGUGUCAUCCUCUACGAGAUGCUGGUGGGGAAGCCUCCGUUCCUGGCGCCGACGCCCGCGGAGACGCAGAGGAAGGUGGUGAACUGGCGGGAGACGUUGGUGUUCCCGCCCGAGCGGCCGCUCUCCCCGGACGCCCGUGACCUCGUGCUGCGCCUCUGCCGCGAGGCCUCGGAGCGCCUCGGCUCGGCGGGGGGGGCGGCCGCGGUGAAGCGCCACCCCUUCUUCUCGCCGCCGCUCGACUUCUCGUGCGACGUCCGCUCGCUGCCCGCCCCCUACGUGCCCACCAUCGCCCACGACACCGACACCUCCAACUUCGACCCGCCGCCGCCGCCGCAGCAGCCGCAGCCGCAGCAGCAGCAGCCCUCAUCCUCAGCCGGCACCGGAGGAGGAGGAGGAGGGAUGGACGUGGCGUGGGGGGCGAGGAGGGGCGACACGGGAGCCAAUGGUGCUCAGUGCGACAGGGCCCAGAGACUCCCAGGGGCCUUCCCCUCCGGCCACUGCGGGGGCCCCGGCGGAGGCCGCGGCGGCGCGGGGGGCCCCGGCUCCGCGGUGGCGGGCGGCAGUCACAUGACGGAGAUGGCCUUCUACGAGUUCACCUUCCGCAGGUUCUUCGACGACACGGGGCGCCCCUACCGCUCGCCACGACCCCUCGACGACAUUCAGGACCUCGCUGGGCGGGGCGGCUACGACGGGGGGCGGGACGCCGAGGGUCUUGGUGGCGACCUCUCGAAUGUCGCGGUGUCGUUCCCACCGUAA